UCCCCUGCAUCCACCUCACCCUCCCUGUCCCUCCCUCCCUCCCGGCAGCCCCAGCCCCGGCGAGCACCCAGCUAGCCGCCUCCAGCAGGGGCUCCGGAGAGCAGUUCGGCGGCCUGGGCAGGGCAGCCGAAGCCAUGGAAGCCUCCGCAGGUUGCUGAUCUGGGCCAGGCAGCUGCAGCAGCGACUGCAGAGGCGCUGCGCCAAGCCGGGCCGGAGCGGUGAGAGCCGCCGGCGGGGCUGCGGAGGGCGAGUGGACUCAGAUGGGAAGCCCCGAGCCUCGCAUCAACAGGCACCCUGGGAAGGACGUCGAGACUAGCCCAGCCUAAUCUGGGCUUCCUGGUGAUGCUCCAGGAGUCCUCCAGCCUGCAGUCCCCUCCAAGGAGGAGGGUGGAUUGACCAGCACAGGGCCCCGGGGACACCGCCCAUCCCGCCCCUCACCCGGACCCGCAGCCUCAUGGCCAUGUCCCUGCCAGGCAGUAGACGGGCCUCUGGUGGAUCCCGCAGUGGGGGCCCUCUGGGCCGCAGCGGCCUGGCGGUGUUCGCCCAGUGUCCGCAGCUGCCCACCAGCCAGAACGAGCACCUGCCUCUUCUCCCUGCCUCCAGGCGCACCUCUCCACCCGUGAGUGUGCGGGAUGCCUACGGCACCUCUUCUCUCAGUAGCAGCAGCAACUCAGGCUCCUGCAAGGGCAGUGACAGCAGCCCCACGCCCAGGCGCUCCAUGAAGUACACGCUGUGCAGUGACAACCAUGGCAUCAAGCCCCCCACCCCGGAGCAGUACUUGACGCCCCUGCAGCAGAAGGAGGUGUGCAUCCGGCACCUGAAGGCCCGCCUGAAGGACACGCAGGACCGGCUCCAGGACCGGGACACAGAGAUCGAUGACCUGAAGACGCAGCUGUCGCGCAUGCAGGAGGACUGGAUUGAGGAGGAGUGCCACCGCGUGGAGGCCCAGCUGGCCCUGAAGGAGGCCCGCAAGGAGAUUAAGCAGCUCAAGCAGGUCAUCGACACUGUCAAAAACAACCUGAUCGACAAGGACAAGGGGCUGCAGAAGUACUUCGUGGACAUCAACAUCCAGAACAAGAAGCUGGAGACGCUGCUGCACAGCAUGGAAGUGGCCCAGAACGGCUUGGCCAAGGAGGACGGUGCGGGCGAGUCGGCUGGCGGCUCCCCAGCCCGCUCUCUCACCCGCAGCUCCACGUACACCAAGCUGAGCGACCCCGCUGUCUGCGGCGACCACCCGCCCGGGAACCACCCUGGCACCUCGGCCGAGGAUGGGGUCGACAGCGGCUUCGCGGCCAACGAUGACACCCUGAGCCGGACGGAGGCGUUGGAGGCCAGCAGCCUGCUGUCGUCAGGGGUGGACUGCGGCCCCGAGGAGCCCUCGUCUCUACACAGCUCCUUCAGCCUGGGGCCCCGCUUCCCCGCCAGCAACACCUAUGAGAAGCUGCUGUGUGGCACGGAGGCCGGUGUGCAGGCCAGCUGCAUGCAGGAGCGCGCCAUCCAGACAGACUUCGUGCCAUCCCAGCCUGACCUGGACACCAUCCUGGAGAAAGUGACCCAGGCCCAGGUCUGCGGGAUGGUCCCCGAGUCAGGGGACAGGCGCCCGGAGCUGGAUCCCCACCCCCCGGGGCCCAGAGACCCCAACUCUGCAGUGGUGGUGACGGUGGGGGAUGAGCUGGAGGCCCCGGAGCCCAUCACCUGGGGGCCCACCCCACACCACCCUGGUGCCCACCCAAACCCCAGCCCGUCGGUGAGCGUGGCAUGCCCUGUGGAAGAGGAGGAGGAGGCAGCCACGGCCGAGAAGGAGCCCAAGAGCUACUGGAGCCGCCACUAUAUCGUGGAUCUGCUGGCCGUGGUAGUGCCCGCCGUGCCCACGGUGGCCUGGCUCUGCCGCUCCCAGCGGCGCCAGGGCCAGCCCAUUUACAACAUCAGCUCCCUGCUGCGGGGCUGCUGCACGGUGGCCUUGCACUCCAUUCGCAGGAUCAGCUGCCGCUCGCUGAGCCAUCAGGGCCCGAGCGCCGCUGGCACGACAGCCGGAGGCAGCUCCCAGCUCUGAGGAGGGCCGGCCUGGGCAGAGGCUCCCACAGCCCAACUACCAAUUGUAGGGGUGCCGCCCUCCCUCUCACACCUUCCCCUGGGGCAUCAUCUUAUUUCUUUAGUUUGGGGUUUGGAGGUGGCUUUUUCAGGAUGAUAACCGUAUCAGAGGCUAGGAGUGAAGGUCGGGGGAAGGUGUCUGAAAACUGCAACAGGAGAGAAGGGAAGAGAGACGGACAGCCGGGAGGCCCACUGAUCAGACACACUGCAGAGAGAGAAAGUGGUGAGGCCCCCACCCCAGCCCCCCUGCCCACCAGGCCCCCCACACAGGGCAGCCGCUGCUCAGGAAGUCUCCCGUGUGAUGAUCUGGGGAGGCCAGCCUUGACUUGUCAGUCCGGCCUCCCCAUCCCCCGCCCCCAGGUCCUGUCUGUUUCCCUGUGUAUGCCAGGCCUUGUCUCCCAAGCCACCCCUUGCCCUCAGCCCAGGCUUCUGGGCCAGUAUUAUCUCCUCAGAUGGAGGCAGCUGUGACCCAAAGUACAGGCAGGGGACUGGGACUCAGAGCAGGUCUGGAACCACUUGGCAUGUGCUAAGCUCCAGCCUCUUCAGACUUCUCCCCACUUGGGAUUUGAGAGCACAAUCAGGCCACGGGCUGGAGGAAAGAUGGUGAUGGGCAAGAGGUGGCAGAGGGCAGUGUGGGUCCCCUGUCUGUCUGUUCAUCUCAGACCUUCCCCACCUCACUUUUCCUCUUGGAGUUUCUGACGCUGUCAGGUCAUUCUUCUGUGAGAGCCAGACUGGCCUGAGCCCCAGCUCCCAUCUGGAGACUCUGCCAGCACAAAAGGAGGAGAUGGGGCUGGCAGCUCAAGGGGGCUCCUCCAGCCUCUGAGAUGAGGCUUUGCAGCCUGGGAGGCAGGGCUGGGCUCAGCAACCCCAGCUGGUUUCACUCCAGCCCCUGGAGCUUGCCCAGGUUUCUCCAGAGACUUUAGAACCAACUUCUGCUUUGCACUAUGUUCAUUUUGGGGCUUGGUUCUCAUGCAUCUCGGGAUCUCCUGUGAGGUGGCUGCUUGCUUUCUAGGAUGAGGGUUCCUAAAUCUUACACCUAUCUGCCUCUGGAAGAAUAUCCAGCAGGAUGAAUGGCAAGAUGAGGUGCUGAAGCCGUAAUGUCCAUCCAGGCCAAAGCAGGGUGCUCUGGGAUGUUUCCUAGAUGGGAGUGGAGUGGGGCUCCCAGCCCAAGCCCAGUCAACCUGGAAAGGUUCACUGGCCCCCUGCCUCCUUCCCUGGGACCACGUCUGGGUCCCCCAGCAAAGCUGCUGACAUUUUAUUAACAUUCUUAUUUUACAGAGUAAACCCAUUCCUCUUCCCCUUCAGGGCGUAUACCUGUCUGCUCACCCCACCCACUCCUCAGAGUUACGCCCUACAUUGGAGCAGGGGUGGGGAGCAUUGCUGGGACCCUGUGUCUUACUCAGCCCUCUGGCCUAGGGGGGCCCUCUGGUUCCGUCAAGGUGGCUUGCCCACCCCGCUGUUUCAGCAGCUGUCACCUGACUCGUGGACUCUGCCCUUCCUCUCUGUGCCUCUGCUGGUGCGGGGGACGCCUGCAUGCUGGGGGUGGGCAGCCAGCCUAGCCACCAGCUGGGGGGAGAGCCCCUCAGCCAUGUGCUUUGCGCCUCCGAAGCCCCCCGUCCUCACUCCAAGCCUCAGACCUGCCAUCCUCGUGGAGCUCCCCCUGAUCCCAGCCGAACCAAACCUGAACUCUGGGGGCAGGGCUGGGCUGCCCCACAGGACCCUGGGGUCAUGACGUGGAGGGGCAGUGGACAACCCCCAUCCAAAGCCAAGCCGAGACUGGCCAUGGACCCCACCUCGUGCCGUGUACUCACGGAGCUGUGCAGUGUCUCCUUAGAAAUAGUCAAAAGCUUUGCUGAGAAAAUAAAGAUAUGACUAUAUUUGACAACAUAAAAUCUAUAUAUUUUUCACCCCUGGAAUCUAGUCAAGCUGCAUAGCCCCUCUGCUCCUGUCUGCGUCUUGCUGUCUGUGGCCUUCCUACUGUGUCUUGUGUUAUGGUGGACGUGGUCAGGGCCGGGGCCGUGGUCCGCUCUGUCCCUAAUUCUGAACAAGCCCCUCGGGAAGAGUGUGGACUCAGGUCUGUGGACAAGGUGAGAGGAACUGGUGCCACCCUCUACUCUUGCUCUGGCCUGAGACCUGCCUGCCUGGUCAGAGGGGCCCCAGCCCACUCUGGGUCCUCUCUUUUGGGGGGUCUGGUGGGACCUUUGACAGGCUUUGUCUCUUGUCAAUGGAGGAGGCGACUCUUUGGCCCAAGCCCGGGACAGGUGCUGGGACCGUGUCGGCCAGGCUCCAGCUCGUGCCUGUGUGCGUGUGUGUGUUCGGGAUCCCGCAUCUAUGCAAAAGGGGCAGAGCUGCCUGGGAGGCUCCAGCGGUAAGAAGCAGCGGCCCGCUGGCUCAGGCUCCAAGCCCAGACUGCAGCGUCCAGAAUGUGGGGCUGGAGGCAAGGCCAGGGCCCCGGAGCCUCCCGCUGAGUGCUCAUCCUCCAAGGCUCCCCUUUUCCUUCCUGCUUAAUACCUCCUCCUGUUGGGCUGUGACCUUCUCUCAUGCCCUCCGCUUCUAGAGCAGAAAUCUCUGGGGUCUCCCCUCUCCCCAGCCUCUGGCUGGAGCUGAUUAGAUCCUGAGCAACACCGUUCUCAGGAAUCACCUUGUGGAACUGCUGGUCCCUUGGAGCCCCGCUGCCAGAAUUGGCUUCCCCUCAGUUGUGGGGUCCAGGCCAGAGUUGGCCCGGCUACUCCUCUGGUCCAGGCUCAAGCAGGAAUCAGAGUCAGGGGCAGUACUCUGCUCAGAGAGCUGGCCUCAAGUGAAGUUUAUUCCAAAUAUCUCCCAAGGGGAUAACUUAGCUUUUCAAUGAACACAGUUCCCAGUCACCAGUAGUACCGGCGUACCUGGCAGCACCUUGCGGGGGGUGGUGUAGGGGGCAAGUGACAAAAUUCUGGGGUAGAGGCCUACGGAGGGGCCUCUGCCCAGUGAACUCAUGACCCCUCUGUGACCUAGGGGUCAGUACAAACAAGUCAUAGUGCACUGUUAAAUUCAGCCAUGCCCUUGACAGAGAAUUCAGGGGAUACAGGAAGGGGGUGGGAGGUGGGGAGGGGUCUUCACUUUUGUCUCCUUUGUCCUAUUGAUCUGACAGAGUUGUACCUACAGCAGAACAGCUCUGGAUUAAAGCAUGAAAACACAA